AUGGAUAAUUAUGGCGUCGGUCAAUUAUGGAAUCAUAUCUCUUCCAUUUUCUCUCGAAAGCGCUACCAGGGCGUUUCAAGUCCCGAUCAAUACGACUCAGACCAGGCUGAGCUUGUCGGAGCUCCUGCCAGUGUCCGAACCAAAUCCUCCACUUUCUCACUAUCGUCAUUCUCCUCCUUCUCAACGUUACGUCAAUCAACCUUCGAUCGCAAAUCGUCGCUCGCCCAGCCUGCGCUCUUGGGCGAAGACACAGACAUCACACUCCUCGAAUCCGGCGCCGGAGCAGGUUGUCCCCCACGACAAAGCGAAUCAAAAGACAAUUUCUCCCCCAUCCAUCGCAAAAAACAAUGGAUAGAUGGAGUCUACAUGUGCGCGAGAGCAGGAACAGUUGUCUUCAUCCUAAACCUAAUUUUCAUCGGCAUCGCAGCCGGCCUGGCCAGCCGAUACCCGGAUAACCGAAGCUUCGCCAGUUCCGCAGUGAUAUACCGAGGCAACUGCGGCAUUUCAAAACGUUGGGAUAUCGCGAUGCACUUGAUUAUUAACGUUCUCAGUACGUGUAUCCUUGCGGCCAGCAAUUAUUGCAUGCAGACGCUUGUUGCGCCGACGAGGAAGGAGGUCGAUGCGUACCAUGCCAAGUGGAAGUGUCUUGAUAUCGGCAGUGCGAGUGUGAAGAAUCUUUUUGCGAUUGGGAAGGGGAGGUUGGCGCUUUGGAUCACGCUUAUGUUUACUGCGACGCCAUUUCAUUUGAUGUAUAACUCCAUUGUUUUUGAAUCGUUAUCGACUAAUGAGUUUGGAGUGAUGGUUGGACCAAAAGAUCUCAAUUCGUCAAAUAUCCACAGUCUGACAACUCCCGCUUUGAAAAAAUGCUUUACACUGCCUGCCGCAUAUUACGGACUAGACGCAGCCGACUUGUAUGAAGGGGUCCUUCGGGAACUGACAUGGGAAAUGUUCGUCGACAACAUCGCAAAUGGGAGCUACCACUAUAUUCCCCUUUCACAGUGCAUCGAGAUGUCCAAGAAACCUUCUACAGGCGUCAAGGGAAUCGUCGCACUUGCGGAGAAUCUCACCGUCAGCGAUGGCGGGGAUGCGUCCAUCCUUAUGACUGAAGUGGCACACACGUCUCCCACCAGCCAUGAUGACCCUUUCCAGAAUCAGAGGAUGCCCGCUACAUUCUAUUCAAACAGAACAACAAGCACGGAGAACAACGCAACCUGCCUAGGCUAUGAGACGGUAUAUAACAACCGUGUCCUUAUCGACGGAACCGCUCAGGUAAGACCUGGUCUUGGGGUAUCCAUUUACCCCAUCUCCGAAUGUCUUGUUAUCGAGGCAGAAGAGCAUUGCCAGCUACUAUUCAGUCCGCCUAUAUGUCUCGUCGUCAUGCUCGCUGCCUUCGCAAAGGUGUCGGCAAUGUAUCUUGCCGCAUACAUCGGACGAAACCGUGAUCCACCCCUUUUGACAAUCGGCGAUGCUGUUGCCUCGUUCAUGGAACGGCCCGAUCCCACCACGAAGGGGCUCUGCUGGAUGACUGGGGCCGAUGUGAAUAAGGGGAGAUGGGUCUCGGUGACAAGGUCUGGAUUCCAAGCAGCCUUGCAGAAUGAACAAGUCGCCGAGCCUGCCACAUUUAGACGGUUGAAAAAGCGGAAGCACUGGAUGCGGGCAGCGAGUGGUUGGAGAUGGGCAGCAACUCUUUUCAUGUGCUUCAGCUGUAUAAUUACAGGAAUCUGCCUUUUCAUGGUCUCCUCGGCUGGCACUGGCACAUCGCAAAACGAGUGGUGGUCCACAAGUACAUUCAAGAACUGGUUCAGCGAAGACGUCGACAUCUCCAGCUACAACAUCAUCUACAGCAACGUUCCCUGGACUAUGCUCAGCGCAGUGGUAGUGGCUAACGUCCCACAAUUAAUCGUCACAAUGAGCUACUACUGCUACAACGCAGUUCUAACGAGCAUGCUCGCAACAGGCGAGUACAGCUCCUACGGCGAAAAACGCAAAGCACUCCGCGUAACCUGGCCCGUAAAGGGCAGCCAGCAACGCUCGACAUACUGGCUCAGCGUACCCUACCGCUACGCGACCCCGAUCUUGAUCUUAUACAUGCUCCUCCACUGGCUCAUCUCGCAGAGUAUCUUCUACUUGCUCUUGAUCCCCUACAACCCGCUCGAUCGAGCAGAUAAUAGCAACACGAUUAGCUCUAUGGGAUAUUCGUCCAUGUCGAUCUUCCUGUCUAUCGUCGUAGGCUCGACGAUGGUUCUCAUCAUGCUUGUGUUGGCGUUUCGAAAAUGCAAGUCCAUUAUGCCGCUCGCUGGGUCGUCGAGUGCUGCUAUUAGCGCUGCAUGUCAUUUGCCGAAGGAUGAGUGUCGUGAGACGGCUGCGUUGGGUCUUGUGCAGUGGGGAGAGACGCCUUCGGCGGCUGCGUGGAUGGGUAUGGAUGAUGUUGAGGGGAUUGAUGAUGGGCAAAAGGGGCAUUGUAGCUUUACGUCGAGGGAGACGGUGAAGCCUUCUUUGAUGAAGUUGUAUGCAUAA